AUGGUCACCAAUGCUUCUCUUUCCACUAGUCCCAUCGCUGUUUGGAUGCAAAAAUGGGGAAGCUACGUAGAAAGUGUACCCAAUGUUCUUCUCCGUGUUAAACAUCCCAGUUACUUUGGAGAGGACAUUCGAGGUAUCCCCGAUUACUCCGGAGAUGUAUUGGAUGUAAAUUGGGACAUUGUAAUGAGUCUUCGACCUACAGUAGUUGAGAUUACACAUCCCAGAAAUCCGUUAAAGGAUUUGAUUACAGCACUUAAAAGCAUUGAGGACGAUAAGGUGGAGGAAUUUUUUGCGAGACUGAAGUUGCUUUCCCUGGAUAGAGCCGACAUCACAGUAGAUGAUCUGAUUUUCUUGUUGCAAAAACUCAAGCUGCUUGAAGGAUUUUCAUUCUCUGAGUUAGAGUUUUCUAAGAGGGAAUGGAUACGAUUGCUGCCGGAGUUUCAAAGGUUAAAUAUCCGCGCUAUGGAGAUUAGUCGAGACAUACUAGACCCAGUCCUGGAUAAAAUGAAUGUGGAACUUGUAAAGUUAGCGACAUUUCCUGGGCUCAAAGUCAAUUCUCUGAAGAGUUGUUCCGCUACGUUUGUCACUGUCUCGACACUGGUUAUCCAAGAAUUGGACUACACGGAUGAUCGCGAUGCAGAAGAUCUGAUCAGUUGCAUUGAAACAAAGUUCCCUCGCUUAAAAACUCUUAUUUGGGACUGGAGCGUUGUUGAUCCCGCUGUUGCAGCGGAUGAACGUUCGAAAGUCGUUGUAGAAAGAUUGGCGAACCUAUUCAAGUUAGUAGUUUUAUUCAUAUUGCAAUUUGUUCUCUUUGUCAUAUUAUAUUUGCUAUCGCUCUUUAUUUUCUGCUAUCAAUAUUAUUAUAUAUCGUCGGGAAAUAUUUGCAGUGAUCAGCUGAAAGAGUUAUAACA